UCUUCGUCGUCGGUACGGAAGCCGAGAAGAGGGGAGCAAGCGGACGGUAACGCGGCGGCAGUGCGCGUCCCCACCCGUGAGCAUGGCGGCCAGGGGUAUGUUGGUUUUCGAAUGAAAAAACCGGGGUUGAAGCAGAAGAGAUGAAAAGAAAAGGCAGAUAAGAAACGUCUUCUUCCGCCUGUUAAAAUCGAUGAUUUAAAAAAUUUGCACUCAGAUCUCCGGCUGCGCUAUUCGGCUCUAAUAUCUAGCGGGGUGCUUCCAAGCAGCCCCCAGCCUCUGCGCAGGAGUUCCGUUUUUUUCCCCUCGGAUCAUUUAGGAUGGUGAGCUCAGCAAAUGAAAAAGCACAAGUUACUUAACGCACCGACCGAAGACGCGCUCGUUGCACGCCGGAGAUCUGCAGCCGCCCGGAUUCCCGUGACCGUCGAUGCCCGGGCCGCCGGGCGGAUCUGCACAAUGAAACGCUUCCACGGGCUGCAUGCCUUUGUGCGCGGCGCGUUCAUUCCGCCCAGCUGGGCAGCAGCGGCCAGGCUCUUCUAAAAACCGGACAGCAUGGGACUCGCGGUGUAAUCAGCACUGUCCUACGCAGCUUUGCUUUUUUAUUUUAUUAUAAUUUUAAUGUCGAAUACUGCGUGAGAGUGUUCCACAUCCCAUUUCCAUUUUUGUCCCUCGAUACUGGAGCGAUGCGCGAGUAUAAAGUGGUGGUUCUUGGUAGCGGCGGUGUAGGGAAGUCCGCCCUCACGGUGCAGUUUGUCACCGGCACGUUUAUCGAGAAGUACGACCCGACUAUCGAAGAUUUUUACCGCAAGGAAAUCGAGGUGGACUCGUCGCCCUCGGUGCUCGAGAUCCUAGACACUGCGGGCACGGAGCAGUUCGCCUCCAUGCGGGACCUGUACAUAAAGAACGGCCAGGGCUUCAUACUGGUGUACAGCCUGGUUAAUCAGCAGAGCUUUCAGGACAUCAAGCCCAUGCGAGACCAGAUCAUCCGGGUGAAAAGGUAUGAGAAGGUGCCCGUGAUCUUGGUGGGGAACAAGGUGGACCUGGAGAGUGAGCGGGAGGUGUCGGUGAACGAGGGCCAGGCCCUGGCCGAGGAGUGGGGCUGCCCCUUCAUCGAGACGUCCGCCAAGAGCAAGACCAUGGUGGACGAACUGUUCGCUGAGAUCGUCCGGCAGAUGGACUACGCAGCGCAGCCCGACAAGGACGAUCCCUGCUGCUCGUCCUGCAAUAUACAAUAACACUCCAGCGCGAGGACCCGCACGCACUCUCUCUCCACGCACACACGCGCGCGCGCAAUCACAUGCGUAAACAUGAAGACCUACGUAGGCAUACAUGCAGGCACACAUAGACACAUGCACACACCUACACACACACGCACACGGAAACCAAUUUCAGUGGAUGUUCUUUUUUUGGUGCAUCAGUUUUAUCAUAGUGUCAUUAAUUCUGGCAUAUACGUCCAUGACUGUGUAGGGAAAAGGUGAGGAAUUUUUUUGGUCACUUUAAUAACAGACUGACUCAUUACUAAACUGCAGAGAAGUGCACUGGCCUUAUGAGUUCUGUUUUCUCUUGGAGUUUGAGAUGCCGGCAGGAUGGCUGGUUUUCCACGGCCUGCCGGAUCCUUCAGCAGCGCUAUUUAGCCAUUGCUUUUGUUUCUCCACUUUGUUUUGGUUUUUGUUUUGAGUUUGUAAAGACUGGUAUUUUCUUGUUGACCUGCCCCAGUUUGGUCAGCAGGUUGAAGGUAUGAGUGGGUGUGUGUCUGAGACUGAGCUCCUGCCCUCACGGCAGAGGGAACUCACGGCCUCCUCAACCUCAACCGUUAAACUUUGAUGCCAGAUUGAUUAGACAGAGAAAGAGAGAGGACUGUACACCCACUCCGACACUACCAAAAAAAACGCCAACUUCAAAAGGCCUCCUGUUUACUUCCUGCUGUGCUGUUCUUUCAUCUCCGGGUGUUCAGAUGAAUCGGACUUUAGGACGAUGCUGGAUUUUUCCUCAACUGUCAGUGUGCUGGUGCUGUCUCUCUCAGUUUGUUCCCUAUUUUUUUUGGUUGUUUUUUGGGGGUUUUUUGGGGGGGAGGGAUAUGUCAAGGAACUUGGACAACAGAAGGCCCAGGACACCUUUAGUUCCAGCUGUGGAACGCUUGUUCCCAUUAGCCAGCGGUUAGGUUCUACAGUUCUCAUAUGGUGCCAUCGGACUCCACUCUCCUCUUAUUGCUUCAACAGCGGGUCGGGGGUCGGGGGUUAGGGGAGAGAAACAAUGUCAAACUGUUAGGGGUGAGAAUCGUCGACGAUGGUGAUAAUGGCCGUAGGGUCAUCGCGUUUACAGAUGCACUUUGUUGGUUCCACUUGCGGUCCUUUCCCACCGCGAGGCCGUGGGCUGCACGCACGGCCGUGUGUGGGUGACGCAGACGGAAGCGGCGAGGAUUAUCUGAGGCAGUCUGAAGAGUUUGAGCCAAAACGCCCAUCACUCCUGCCAGAGCAGAGGCGUGAGGUGCUGUGUCUUCAUCGUUGAUUUUAUAUUUUUUUAUGUGAGCAUUUCCUCUCUGUCCCCUCCUGAAUGAAUGGUGACACUCUUUCAUUUGGCACCUCAAUAAAGUGUGUUCAACACGUCAUCCA